AUGGCUGACGAGGAAGCACAACGCAAAAAUGCAGAGCGAGAGCAAAAGAAAGCCGAGGUCCGCAAGCGGCUCGAGGAAUCAGGAAAAGCUGGAAAGAAAGCAAAGAAAGGAUUCUUGACUCCCGAAAGAAAGAAGAAGCUCAGAAAAUUGCUCAUGAUGAAGGCGGCUGAAGAUCUCAAGCAACAACAAUUGAAGAAAGAACAAGAGAGACAACAGGCUUUGGCCUCUCGUUGUCCCGCUCUUGUUGAUAUCGAUUCGAUUGAAGAUCAUGGAAAACUCGAAUCGAUCUAUAAUGACCUCUUUGCCAAGGUGUGCGCCCUCGAGGAUUCCAAAUAUGACGUCCUCCAGUUGGUCAAGGAUGCCGAUCAAACAAUCAACACCCUCACCAUUGAAGUGAACGAUCUCCGCGGAAAAUACGUGAAGCCAACCCUGAAGAAAGUGUCGAAAUUCGACAAUAAAUUCAAGAAAUUGGCUGCCAGCAAAGAAGGAAGUGAAAAACAAGAUUUCCGAGCCAACCUCAAAGUGGUCAAGAAGGAAAACAUCGAAGAAAUCAUGGAAAAGAAAGUGAAAAAAGACGACAAGCCUGAUUGGAACAAAGGAGAACACAAGGAAAAAGCUGAGAAGAAAGAGGAGAAGAAAGAAGAGGCCCCAGCACCCGAACCAGAGCCAGAGCCAGAACCAGAGCCAGCUGCUGCUGAACCAGCUGAAGAAGAAGAAGGCGAAGAGGAGGAGGGAGAAGACGAAGAAGAGGAAGAA